AUGCGAGAAUUAGGUUUUGUCCGAGCGACCAGGAAAGAUAAGGUCACAAGCAAGACGAUGGAAAAGCGUGAAUCUCUUACGGUGGUGACUCGGAGGAACAGAUCAACGACGAUGGUGACUCGGCGGAAUCGAGAAGACGUUGGCUCGGUGUGGUUUCAUGAGGAAAGCUUCACUUGGCUCACGGUGAUGGUCGGAUGGACCGGUGGUGGCUUGUCUUCCACUUCCCUAGGCUCGUUAGGGCUCUCUUCUUGUGUGCUGGAUCAGCUAAUUGGGCCUUUCCUAAAUUAUUUGGGCCUCGGUCGUUUUCACAUCACUUCCGAUUCGUAG